GUCACAGGGACGUCGUUGAAAAGCUUAUCAGCAAUGGAGCUAAAGUUGAUCCCAGAGACAGCCGUAUGCAGACACCUCUUCAUGUUGCUGCUGAGAAUGGUGAUGAUGAUGUCGUUGAAGAGCUCAUCAAGAGAGGAUCCGAUCUCACUGCUUUAGACGUAUCUGGGAAGACACCUCUUCAUCUAGCUGUUAUCAAUGUAAACGAUAAAGGUCAAUUGGAGACCGUUAAAAAGCUCAUCAAGAAAGGAGCCAAUGUUAAUUCGACGGACAGACUUAAGCGGAAUCCAUUUCACUAUGCUGCUAUGAAUGGCCUCAAGGAUAUCGUUGAAAUGCUCAUCACAAAUGGAGUCAAUCUCAAUGAUAAAGACUUUAAUGGGAGGACAGCUCUUGAUUUAUCUAUUCGCUAUGGUAAGGAUGAUGUUGCUGAAGAACUCAUUAAGAGAGGAUCCGAUCUUAAUUCUAAAAACAAGAGUGAAGAGACACCUUUGCAUUUAGCUGCUGCGCUGGGCAACUUAAAGAUCGUUCAACUUCUUGUCGAGAAGGGCGCCAGUGUUACUGCGACAAACAAAUUCAAGCAGACACCGUAUGAGGUAGCUGCUAAGUAUGGUGAUGAAGAGCACAAGAAGGUUGCUGCCUAUCUUAAAACCAAACCUUAACCAUUGCUGCCAUUCAACAUUGUGUCAAAAAGUACCUCAAGUUAUUUGUCUUUGAAAUUGCUUACUGGUAUAGAUAUUGAGUAGAAUAUUUUUCUUCCUGGAUUUGUGCAACUUCAACGAAUAUCCGUGCUGAAUUUGAACGCGAUAUAUGUGAGUGCUACGCCGUAAGAA